GCCAGCACAGCCGUCGCCCCCACAGGCAGGGGGACCCUGGGGGACCGGGCUGCCCCCGGGACGCAGGUCACCCACCCAGAGACAUGUCAGCCACCGGCCAGCCCCGCUCCCAGGAGCCGUCUGCAGAAGAGAUGAGUGUGGGGCCCAGGCUCGCUGCCCCCCGCCUGCUCGGCUGCCUGCUCCUCCUGGCCUUCCUGGGAGGUGCCCUCGCCAGCCCCCCCAGCCCUGCCCUGGAGAGGAUGCCGGCAGCCAGCUGCCCCCCGACCUGGCUCUACUACCGGGGGUUCUGCUACGGGUACUUCACCGAGAGGAGGACCUGGGCUGAGGCUGAGACCGAGUGCAGGCGGUACGGCCCCAAGGGGCGGCUGGCCUCCAUCCACAGCCUGGGGGCCAGCAGGGUCUUUGCCCGCUACAUCAUCAGCCAGAGGGAUAGGGACAACACCUGGAUCGGGCUGCAGGACGAGGAGCACACCAGGCGGUGGAAGUGGUCCGAUAACUCCGUCUUCAACUACAAGCGCUGGGCCCCGGGGCAGCCCAACAACCGGUGGAACAGGGAGGACUGUGUGGUGCUGGAAUGGUCCUCAGGUUUCCAGUUAUGGCAUGACUACCCCUGCUCCAGCAGGUUCCCCUUCCUGUGCCAGCACGAGCUCUGAGGGGCAGCUCUUCCCCUUGGGGUGUGGAGAUGCCCCCACACCUCCUGCCCUGCCGCCCCCGCGCCCCUCCCUGCCCACGGCCCAGCUGGGACCCCGGCGGGCAAUAAAC